AUGUUGUCACACGCCUCGACGGAGCCGCUCACGGGGGACCUCGACACCCUGCGGGUGCUGCACCAGGUGCUGCGUUUCGUGCCGUACAACCGCCGCACGCUCUGCGCGGUGCGGUGCGUGUCAAAGCCCUACCGCCGCGCCGUGCAGCACCCGCAGGGGCCGUGGGCGGGACAUGAGGAGAUUAUGAUGUCAAAGUACGGCCACUGCGUCAUCUUUAACGCCAAGGACGACGAGGAGGGCCGCUCCAAUUUUGGUCUCUCCUCCGUGUCUCCCAUUGGCCGCAAGUUUACCACGCUUGGGGUGAAGAUGCUGAGCCGCCACCACCAGUGCGUGGCGGACGGCCUAACAAGUCUGGUGCUGCAUCAUUCACAGAUCGACCUUGACGUCUUCGACGCCCUGGCCCCGCUUACAAACCUGCGGAAACUGGAGUUGGCCCUCUGUCGCAAAAUCACCUCCGUUGCGGGGGCGAGCCGCGUGGCGAGUCUAGAGUCGCUUGAGGUGGACCUCUGCCCCCUUGUGGCGGACGGCGUCGUCGGUCUGCUGCUCCCGAAGCUCAAGCGACUCAAGCUGCGCUCGUGCUCUAAACUGAGCAACCUGAACGGCAUCGCACCGGCCACCGCCGCCGCGUUGGAGGAGUUGUACGUUGAGAACUGCGACGUCUACGAUGACACCGUCAACAGGUUUUUUACGAACUUCACCACAAAUUUGAAAAUCCUUCAUUUGCCCGGGGCUCACAUUGACACCGCCCUCACCCGUGUGUCGGCGGAGGUGCGGGAGAAGUCCCUUGUCUCGCUGCACCUCCGCGACACGCUCCUGCGUUUCGUAACCCUGCGUGCACUGGCGCCAUCCAUGCAGAAUCGCCUGGAGUUCCUCUCACUAGACGGCUGCGCCAGGCUGGAAAGCUUCGAGCCCCUCUGUAGACUCCAAGGGCUUCGCUUCCUUGACAUCACCUCGGCUACCCACGGGGAGGGUCUGCAGUUUCUGACCUGCUGCGCCAAGCUGGAGCUCUUUCGCAUGGCCCACGCGAAAAUAAAGGAUAUCAGUUUCGUCUCCUCACUGCAGGCGCUGCGGGUGCUGGACGCCACCAACUCGCCCCUCGAUGACCUUUCGCUGGUGUUCCUUGAGAAUUUGCCCAUGCUGGAGGUGGUGGUGCUGACGACGUGCACAGACAUCAAAGACAUCAAUGUGCUGUCCACGUGCAAGCGCAUUCGCCGCAUCUUUUGCGCCAACACGGCGGUCACAAACGAGGGGAUCACCUCCCUCACGGCGUGUCCCGAGUUGGAGGAGCUGGACCUGAGGACGACGGCGGUCACCGACGUCAACUUCCUUGUCGGUUGCCCCUCGCUGAAGUGCGUCAGCGUCUAUGGCGCGGCGUUAGGCAGUGAGGGCUACCAGGACCUGCUGCAGAGCAACAUUGAGGUUAUCUGCGACCCCGUUGGUGAGGGAGGCAGCUUUGAUGACGCGUAG